AUGGCGCCGGAGGAGGCGCUGCGGUACGCCAAGAAGGAGAUACGGGACGCCGAGCCGGUGGUCGACGACCCCGACCUUUACGCGCCUCUCUUCAAAAACGUCUCCCAGUUUAAGAGGAGCUAUGAACUGAUGGAACGGAUACUCAAAGUUUACAUUUACCAGGACGGCCGGAGGCCCAUCUUCCACACCCCUCCCCUCAGCGGCAUCUACGCCUCCGAGGGCUGGUUCAUGAAGCUCCUCAAGGAGAGCCGCCGCUUCGUCGUCACCGAUGCCAGCAAGGCGCACCUCUUCUACCUGCCCUACAGCUCUCAGCAACUGAGGCUCACGCUCUACGUGGCCGACUCACACAAUCUCAGGCCGCUGGCCGUGUACCUGAGAAACUUUGUCAGAGGCCUCGCCAACAAGUACCCGUUCUGGAAUCGCACCAGAGGCGCUGAUCAUUUCCUUGUCGCCUGCCAUGAUUGGGGGCCUUACACGACAACGGCGCACGGCGACCUCCGGAGGAACACCAUCAAGGCGCUGUGCAACGCCGAUAGCUCAGAGGGGAUCUUUACCCCCGGGAAGGACGUCUCCCUGCCGGAAACGACCAUCCGGACGCCGAAGCGUCCCCUCCGGUACGUCGGCGGGCUGCCGGUCUCCCGCCGGGGCAUCCUGGCCUUCUUCGCUGGCAACGUGCACGGCAGGGUCCGACCGGUGCUCCUCAAGCACUGGGGGAAUGGGCAGGACGACGACAUGAGGGUGUACGGGCUGCUGCCAAACAGGGUGUCCCGGCGGAUGAACUACAUCCAGCACAUGAAGAACAGCCGGUUCUGCCUGUGCCCCAUGGGGUACGAGGUGAACAGCCCCCGGAUCGUGGAGGCGUUCUACUACGAGUGCGUGCCGGUGAUCAUCGCCGACAACUUUGUGCUGCCCUUCAGCGAGGUGCUGGACUGGAGCGCCUUCUCGGUGGUCGUCGCCGAGAAGGACAUACCAGACCUGAAGAAGAUCCUGCAGGGGAUCUCGCUCCGGAGGUACGUGGCGAUGCACAACUGCGUGAAGCGGCUGCAGAGGCAUUUCCUGUGGCACGCCAGGCCGAUCAAGUAUGACCUCUUCUACAUGAUCCUGCACUCCAUUUGGUGGAGUAGAAAAAAUAAAGAUGUGUCUGCCUUUGAGGACUUAAACCCCAACUCUUGUAGUUUAGUGCUCAGCCUUGAAUACCAUGCUCUAGGGGCCUGCUUCAGUCCAUAUAACGCCUUAUCUAAUUUGCAAACAUAAUUAAGUAAGGAGGAUUUUUCAUACCCUGGAGGUUGUCUCAUAUACACUUUCUCUUCU